AUAUAUUACUAUAUAAAAACCUCUUCUUUUAUUUUUGUAUAUCACAAUAAAAAUCUUAAGCCAUGGGAAAAGUUCAUCCUCAAGCCCUAGCUUCCUCCACUUCUUGCCAUUUCACUUCCAAGCAAGAAACUUUCACCCUAUGGAUGAAAUCUCUUGUGUUGAAUGGAAAAGGAUGUACAGUCUUUGAUUCCAAUGGUCAAAUUGCAUAUAGGGUUGAUAACUAUAACUCCAAUCAUAGAGAUCAAGUUCAUCUCAUGGAUCAAAGAGGAAAUACUUUGUUUACUAUACUUAAAAAGCAAUAUAAGUUGUCGAGGUUUUGGGAGGGUUACAAACUUCCGGCGACAAGGAACGACCAGAAAGGACCAUGCUUUCGAGUCGGUAAAACCUAUAGUAUCACUAAAUGGGAUUCAAGUUAUGAAGUUGAACUUGGAUUAGACAAAAACCAACCAUAUAACUAUAAAAUUGAAAGUAGCUCUUGCAAGCCAGCUUGCAAAAUAUUUGAUAACCUUGGAGUGAUAGUUGCUGAGCUAAGGAGAAAGAAGUCAACUUGUGGAAUUGAUUUAGGAGAUGAUGUUUUCACAAUGGUGGUAGAGCCAAAUAUUGAUCUAUCUCAAAUUAUGGGGGUUGUUGUAGCUUAUAGUCUUAUUAAAAGUAAAAUGUAAUUAAGUAUACACAACAAUGAUUUGAAUCUUGUGGAAGUCAUUUUGGUUUACAAAAUGUAUUGUUAAGCCCAGAUUCAAGCUUAAGCUUUGGAAAUGGCUUGUGGUGCUUGUAAUCUAAGCAUGAUGAGUCCAUUAUCUAGUCUCAAAGUGGUUCCAACGUUGGAACUUGCAAGUGUUUGUUCUUGUUGAUGUAAAACAUUUUUUUGUAUUUAGGCUAAAGAACUUUUUGUAGUACUUUUUUUUUUUUUGCCUAUGGUACCUACAUAAACUACUUUUGUA